UAUAUUCAUCAGUAUGAAAAGUAUGGACUGACAGAAAAUGAUUUUAUCGACAGCUUUGGUGUGGUAGAGCAAGUAGUGGCUGAUUAUACUUCUAUUUAAAAACUUCGGAAAACGGAGGGUGCAACCCUUUUUCUGAGAAAUAUGAUGAUGGCGUCACGGUUACUUUGUGCAAUCUUGUUUGCAUUUGUCUUUAUUCUUAUUGGCUAUCACGAAUCUGGAGCUGAUGCUAUUGGUCGAAAGUUGGGAGGCAAAAAAAUAAAUAAACUAGAAAAGAAGAAAGGCGAAAAGACGAAGAGUGUAUCAAGUGAUAAAGUUCAUAAUGGCGGACGCAAAGGUCCAAUGAGCGGUGGUUCGCAAGGAGCGCCAAUGCCGCUAGCUAUACCCUUUCCAAUAAUCCCUCUGCAAGGAAAUGGAGGGAAAAGUGCUCAAAAGAGUAAAAAUAAAAAGAAGAAAACUCAAGAAGCGGAGUCUGAUAAAAGUAACAAGGGGUAUUCCAUCAAAGACGUGGACCGCGAUUUAACUUUAGCCAAGGGAAAAGCGAAGUCGAGAAAAAACGGAAAAAUAUACACCAAAACUAUUAUGACGCCACCAGACGAUAUGUUUCAACGUUCAAAACGUUCUGUAGAUGAUGAAGUCGACGAACAGAGCGAUAAUGACAAAACGGAGUUUCGACGUUCUGCAGAUGAAGAUGAUGAAGAUGAACUUAAUGAGGAGGAGAGAGACAUACGUAGAGAUUGGUUAUUAGAUGGUGAUGAUGAGGGUUAUCUUCCUGGAACAGAAAAUGUUUAUUUUAAUCCGUCAGACUUAGAUUUUAUUUGGCAAGGAGAUUCUGUUUUAUCGAGAGCAUAUCAAGCUAUAAUGCCUAGCAUGAGACUGUUAACAAAAAGAAGCACUGACGAGGAGAGCGAAUAUGAGAAUAACGCCCCGGAUGAUUUAAUGAAGCUUAAUAAAAAUGCGGAAAGUGUUAGAGACAUGGCUAAGCGGGAUCUUAGCGAGGUAGAUAAGGAGGUGGACGAAGAUGAAGAAGAUUUAAUGAAAGUUAACUCUGAAAACACUGAUCGUGGAAUGCAGACUCGUGAAGUAUCUAUCGCUGACGAAGAAGAAGAUGAUGGCGAGGAAGAACUGGAUAUCGUAAACGAAGAUAAAGAUUUUCAAGACGAAGAAAGCGAAGAGGAACGUGACACACGUGAGACAGCUCCCGGUGACGAGCCACCAUCCAGUAUUGAAGAGGCCGAGAGACAAUUAAAAAAUGCUGAGCUAGCUGCAGAAGCUCUUACCCAUCUUGAAAUGCAAGUUGGUAUCGAUCCAGAACAUCUGGUCAGCAACACACACAAGUAUGUCAUGAGCCUGCAAGCAGAGAAAGCAAAGUACGACGCUGAUAUUAGAUCACAUAUUAACAAGGCACGAGAAGCUGAAAAAAGGGCGUCGGUUCCAGUUCACGAUGAGGUGAAGAAGUCUGAAAUCUCUGGCGAUGUAGCUGCUGCUAAGAAACAGUUAGAGAGUGAUCGUAGCAAAAUUGAAGAGAUUAACACGCAGUUGAAGCAACUAAAAGAUAUUGAGUUGAUGGCUACAGGUUUAGAAGUAGCGAAAUACCUUGCAAAAGAACGAGCGCAGCAUAAUUUAGUUUUGGCUAAAGAAAACGCAGCAAAAACGCAAGUUCCUAUGCCAGUUCAACCUGUACAACAAAUGCAACAACCACAAAUGGAAGUGACACAGCAACAACCUUCUGUUGACGCAAAUUCACUUUCAAUGCAGCAAUCUCAACCUGGCGAAACGGUUGGUACAUGGGGUUAUCCUAGUGGGCAGCCUGCGGUGCAACCUGUUGUAGCUGUUCAACCCCAAAUACCGGCUUACCAACCACCAAUUGCACCUCUGCCGAUGUAUAGUGCACUGCAACCAACUACACCUAUGCUUCAACAACACCAGAUGGGAGAACAAAGAAACGAAGAAAGUCGACCAUCCUUUAAUACACCAGCCAUAAAAGCUCCUCUUACCCAAUACUUAUCUAGCUACAUACAGUCUCAAAAAAAUAGUGCGAAUCAAUUCGCUGCUCAACCUCAUUGGCUUACUGCCGCAUCAAGACCUUUCUCUCAACCAAGACCAAUGUUCCAUCAACCUCUUCCGCCAGUAUACCAUGAAGAACAUGUUGAAGGAGAUCAAAGACAUUCAACUGCUAAAACCCCUUCAGAUUCGCAAUCUCUGUUCAUGCUCAGGCCUCCGCAAUCUGCUACUGCUAAUGUUAACUUAAUAACGUCAUUUGCUCGCCCUUUAACUCAGAAGAGUAUUGGUUCAGCGGAUCAUGAAAUAACCAAAAUCGAACAACCACAUAAAAUUCCUAAUACAAAUGAUGAACACAAAGAUUCAGAGGAAAAUCACGACGACAGUGCGGGAGGGAUGCUAUCUUUUCCUGGAACAACCUACUCGCCACCUCCGUCUUGGUUGCAACAGCCCAAUGAUAGUCGUGCCCAAGCAGCUAGAAUACCAUCACAAGGAGCGUCUAGACCUUACUCGCCACCUAAUGGGUUCCAUCCCAGUAUUACAGAAAUUUCUGGGCGUCCUGCAUAUCACCCCAACAUUGGUGUCGCGCCUCUGUCUACAUUACACCCAUACGAACCUUCAGCUGAGCCAGUAACAGGUGCGAUACCUUAUCAUCAAUUUUCACAACAGUCGUCACUUUCGGCACCAUCGAUGGCUUCUUAUACAUCUCAGCCAGCUCCAGUGGAACCUGUCGCUCCUAUUCAGAACAUAGCACCGGUAGCUUUCAAUUCACAUCAGAAUUUCCAAAAUACAUUAUUCAACGAUAAGGAGGCAGUGGAAAUGCGACCGGGUACUCCUAUGAAUUAUGCAGCACCCCAAAACCAACAAGCACAAGUAGGGGAGGUUAUCAAUACAAACCCUCAAGACGAAGUAGUGACUGUUAACCGGAAACCUGAACCGGAGCCUACCCCUCCUCCUCCUCCGGACAUGUCGGGCAAUUUACCCGGUUGGAUGGGUGCGGUGGAUAGUGCAAAAUAUGGUAACGAUGUUAGUGAUCGUCUUAGAGAAACGAACGGCUCGAAACCGGCAUCCACGCCCCCUUCAGAUAGCGAUGAUCAAAACGUUAAACGUGAAUACCUUCAUCUACAAAAAGCACAAGCAAAAUUGCAAGACACUUUCAAAGCAGCAUCAGCGGUAACGCAUAUUGAAUCGUCUGUUGGUUUCGAUCCCGGCUCAAUUGCUAAGAUGGUAGAUUUCGUCAAAACUGCUGCAAUUAAAGAUGUAAAACUCUCUAAAGAAACAGUCGAUAAAGAUAAGGAGACUUUAAAGAAAGUAGAAGAAAAUUCUAUUAGUAAAAAAUCUGAGAUUGCGAAAAAAUCCGAAGUAGACAGUGUUGCGUUAGAGCAUGCUAAAGAAAAACUAAAAAGCGAUGAGGUGGUUUUAGCUGAUGCCGAAGAUCGGCUGGAUAAAAUUCAGAAAAUGGAACUAAUUGUCACGGAAAUUGAAGUGGCGAAAUAUUAUGCUGCGAACAAAGCCGAAAAUGAAGUGCAAGGAGCCAAACGAACUCUGGAUUCGUUAAAAAGAAAUGAAGUGCAUAAACCGGAAAAAUAAUGCGCAAAAAAGUUGUGGGAUUUUAAAUGUUGUGGUUGUUUUGCUGAAUGUAUAUAAACACACAAACUCGUGUCACGAUGUGCGUCUCGUUAUGUACCAGACGGAAGAAAAUUAACGUAUUCCGUGUAAUGUCUAUUUUUCCAUCCUCGUCCCCAGGGUUUGUUGCCUAUGUCAAAGCUGCUAGCGCUUACUUGAAGGCUAAACAACGGCCUUGAUGUUACAAAAGCCCCUGGGACGAGGUUGUUAUAUUUCUUUCAUUUAGUUAUUUUUGUGUUUGUGCUGCUUUGUGCUGAAUGCAAAUCCAACGUUCAAAUUCUUUCAACUUUUCACUAAAAAAAUUAACUUUUAUUUAUUUUGUCUUUUAGGCAUUUUGACGAUUUUACCGAAUUUUCCUUCUUAUUCAUACAAAUUUUUAUACGCUGUACUGUAUACCUUUUCUAAAUACAAACCUAUCCUAUGACCCAAAUUUUGGAAAGUGUACGGUACAAAUACCAAUGCAGAAUAUUGACAUCUAAAGUUGUUUUUCGGAUUCUCUCACUAUUCGACUUGUGAUGUAACUUGUGUGUCAAAUUCAAUUGUCAGUGGCUUUAUCUUUCAUGCUCACGAUCGUGUUGUCAAGUAGCGUAUUGUAGUUAAUCCGCCAUGUUUUCUAUCAAAUAUCUAUACAUCCACUUUGCAUUAUCCGUUAUGUUGUGCAGUGUAAAUAAAUAAAUAAAUGAAAGUUCACUGAUUUUGUUAUGUGUUCUGUGUUUUAUCAUGUUCUGUCAAAUACGCAACUGUACAUUUUGUAAAAUAGUAGUUUUAUAUCUCAAUUUUUUAUAAACAAAAAAUCACGUUUUGUA